GGCUGCUGCGGUCACCUGCCGGGUUGUGCGUCCCCGCGGCCGGGCUAAUUGCUGGCGCUCGCUGUGCUCGCCACCGCUCAUGUGAUGCACUCUCUUAACCAGGAAAUUAAAGCGUUCUCCCGGAAUAACCUCAGGAAGCAAUGCACCAGGGUGACGACGCUAACUGGAAAGAAAAUUAUAGAAACGUGGAAAGAUGCUCGAAUGCAGGUGGUGGAGGAAGUGGAGCCGAGCGGAGGGGGUGGUUGUGGUUACGUGCAGGACCACAGCUUGGACCUGCAGGUUGGCGUUGUUAAGCCUUGGUUGCUUCUAGGGUCACAAGAUGCUGCUCAUGAUCUGGAUAUACUGAGAAAGUACAAGGUGACUCAUAUUCUCAAUGUUGCAUAUGGAAUUGAAAAUGCUUUCCUCAGUGAGUUUACAUACAAGAACAUUUCUAUAUUGGAUUUGCCUGAGACCAAUAUCCUGUCUUAUUUUCCAGAAUGCUUUGAAUUUAUUGAACAAGCAAAAAUGAAGGAUGGUGUGGUUCUUGUUCAUUGUAAUGCAGGAGUUUCCAGGGCUGCCACAAUUGUAAUAGGCUUUCUGAUGCAUUCUGAAGAAAUCUCCUUUCCUGGUGCAUUUUCUUUGGUGAAAAAUGCAAGGCCUUCCAUCUGUCCAAAUUCUGGCUUCAUGGAGCAGCUUCGGACCUAUCAAGAGGGCAAGUCAAGCAGUUUGUGUGCUGACACACCAGAAUUGGGAAAGAGCAAUAGCUCAUGAGUUUCAUUUUAACAGAUGAUGGACGAAUGCAAUUUCUGAAUUGG